UAAGCCCACAGCAGAGCUAAGUGCAGCCGCCUGCCUCUGUCACUGGGAGACAGUCCACUUAAAUGCGGCUCCAGGGUUGCGGGACACCCACCAGCAUCACUCCCCGUGUGAGGUGGCAAAUGCAACAUGCUGUCCAGCUUGGGGUGUCUGCUUUUCUGUGGAAGUAUUGCACUAGCCCUGGGAAAUGCACAGAAAUUGCCAAAAGGUAAAAGGCCAAGCCUGAAAGUCCACAUCAAUACCACGAGCGACUCCAUCCUCUUGAAGUUCCUACGUCCAAAUCCAAAUGUAAAAUUAGAAGGUUUUCUCUUGGGAUAUGGCAGCAACUUGUCACCAAACCAGUACUUCCCUCUUCCAGCAGAAGGGAAAUUCACAGAGGCUGUGGUCGAUGCGGAGCCUAAAUAUCUGAUCGUUGUGCGGCCUGCUCCCCCUCCGAGUCAGAAGAAGUCCUGCUCAGGUAAAUCACGCUCUCGCAAACCUCUCCAGCUGGUGGUUGGCACUCUGACACCAAGCUCCGUAUUCCUGUCCUGGGGUUUCCUCAUUAACCCACACCAUGACUGGACGUUGCCAAGUCACUGUCCCAAUGACAGAUACUAUACAAUUCGCUAUAGAGAAAAAGAUAAGGAAAAAAAAUGGGUUUUCCAACUCUGUCCCGCCACCGAAACAAUCGUGGAAAAUCUAAAACCCAACACAGUUUAUGAAUUCGGAGUGAAAGACAAUGGAGAAGGUGGAAUUUGGAGUAAGAUUUUCAAUCACAAGACUGUUGUUGGCAGUAAAAAAGUAAAUGGGAAGAUCCAAAGCACCUAUGACCAAGUCCACACAGUGCCAGCAUAUGUCCCAAGGAAGCUAAUUCCAAUAACAGUCAUCAAACAAGUGAUUCAGAAUGUUACUCACAGGGCUUCAACUAAAUCCCCAGAUAAGACUUCCUUUGGAGGAACAAUAUUGGUCCAUCUUAUUAUUCCAGGCCUUAAUGAAACCACUGUUAAACUUCCUACAUCCAUAAUGCUUGAGAUUUCCGAUGCAAUCAAGACACAGUUAGCUAAGAAUGAAACGUUGGCAUUACCUGCUGAAUCUAAAACACCAGAUGUAGAAAAAAUCCCAGCACGGGCCAUAACAGUGACACCUGAGUCAAUGCCAAGGACCACAAAACCCACUGUGUCUAGUGCACUAGACUUUUCAGAGAAAACACUAGUUCUCAGCGAAAGGACGCCGGAAAUCCUGCAAACUAUUCUAAUACCUAGGUUUGAAUUGCCCCUGAGCACUCUAGCUCCGAAAAGGCUUCCAGAAUUUCCUCAGGCAAACACACCCUUCCCCUUUGAGAAGCCUGAGGGCACUCUGGCUUCAAGUGGAAAGCCAUGGAUUGUGCCUACAAGUAAAACAUCAGAAGAUUCCAAACUUCUCUCACCUCAAACUGCCACUUAUGAUGUUUUCUCAAGCUCUGCGACAUCAGAUGAGCCUGAAAUGUCAGAACCCCACACAGCAACAAGCGAUCCAUUUCUGGAUUCUGUCCCACCUAAAACUUCUAGAACUCUUGAACAGCCAAGGGCAACACUGGCUCCAAGUGAAACACCAUUUGUUCCUCAAAAAUUGGAAAUCUUUACAAGUCCUGAAAUGCCACCUACAACACCUGCUGCCCAGCAAACUACGUCUAUCCCUUCUACACCUAAACGACGCGUCAGGCCCAAAACACCAAGAACCAAACCUGAAAGAACCACAAGUCCUGGAACAGUUACACCUAAAAUUCCUAAAAUCCCUGAAUCUACACAGACAACACUGGCUCCCAGUAAAACACCAUUUAUUUCUUUGAAACCUAAAAUUCCUCUCACCCCAGAAGGGACACCCACCAAACCUGCUCCACCAAAGACCAAACGACCAGGUCGUCGCCCCCGUCCUAAAACCACACCUAGUCCAGAUGUGCCCAAGUCCAAACCUGUUCUGGAACCUGCUACAGUACCCCCGGAGCCUUUGGUGCCCACAAUCGCAUCAAAACCAUCCAAAAGACCUAAAACCACACGUAGACCAGAUGCGCUUCAAAUCCAGCCUGAUUCAAAACCACCAAAGCAAUUACUUCCUAAAUCCCAAACCCCAGCACAACCAGAUAUGCCACCAACUAAACCCGUCUUUGAGCCUGUUACAUUGGAGACCGAAGCUCCCUCCCCAACCAUAGUUCCUGCCACAGACCUUGAACCUGUAACUCUGAGAAUUGAGACUCCCAUGACAACGUUGGCUCCAAAAACUUCACAACGACCAAGGACACGUCGUCCACGUCCCAAACAUAAAUCCACACCGAGCCCAGCUACAUCUCAGAGCAAACUAGACUCUGAACCCAUUACUCCUGGGACAUAUUUAGCUACAACAACAAAGAGACCUCGUCGUCCACGCCCCAAAGCUAAAACCACACCCCAUCCAGAAGUACCUCAGCCCAAACUGGUUCCUACCACAAUCUUUGAACCAGUUAUACUUAGAACCGAGGCUCCAGUGACCACACUAGCUCCCAAAGUGUCUCAGCAAACUCAUCAUCCACCUCCCAAACCUGAAACCACAGGGAGUCCUGACGCCCUUCAGACUGAACUGGUUCCUGCUACAGUCCUUGAAGCAGUCACUCCUAUGAAAGAGGCUCCAGGGACUGCAUUUGUUCCUGUGACAGACCUUGAACCUGUUACUCUUAGAACGGAGACACCUGGGACAACAUUAGCUACUAAAACAACACAAAGACCCCGUAGUCCAUGCCCCAGACCCAAAACAACACCAAGCCCUCAAGUACCUCAGACUGAAUCUGAUAAAUUUCCUGCUACAGUUCUUGAACCUGUCACUCUUAGACCCGAGACCCCAGGAACAACAUUAGCCUCCAAAACAUCACAACAGACACAUCGUCCACGUCCCAGACCAAAAACCCCACCAACUCUUGAAGCAUCUGAGUCCAAACCAGUUCCUACUGCAGACCUUGAACCGGUUGUGUUGAGAACUGAAACAUGGGUAACAACACAAGCUCCUAAAACAUCAAAACGGACCCGUCGUCCACGUCCCAAACAUAAAACUACACCAACUUCUGAAGCACCUAAAAAAAAACUGGCUCCUACUACAGAUCUUGAACCUGGCCCUCUUAGAACUAAAGCUCCAGAAAUCGUGGUUCCUCCUACAGCCCUUGAACCCAUCACUCUUAGGACAAAGGCUCCAGAAACUACAUUAGCUCCUAAACCAGCACAACGAACCCGUCGUCCACGUCCCAGGCCUAAAACCACAUCAAGCCCUGAGGCAACUCAGACCAAACAGGCUCCCACUGAACUGCAAACUCUUAUUUUGAAACCAGUGACAUCACCAAGCCUAGAAAUGACACAGAGCCAACCUGUUUCUGAAGUCCUGGAAUCGAUUACAUUAAGCACUGAGUCAUCAAAGGAAGCUCUAGCACCAACUGUAACAGAUUAUCUGUAUCCCUCUGCCAAAGCACCACUCAGUCCAGAGGAACCAAAGACUGGAGUUGUGGAAUCUAUUACAAAUGUGUCUGAACCACCUGAGACCACACUAGCUCCCAAGCAAGCACCGCGUGCUCCUCCCAAACCAAAAACAUCUCCACAUCCAAGAAUCCCACAAACCCACCCAGCUCACGAGGUGUCCCAGCCUAUUACUUCAAAGCCAAAAGCAUCACCAAGUCCAGAAGUAUCAUAUACUCUGCCUGUUCCAAGAGAUGUGCUCCUUCCCCCUAAACCAGACCCUGAAGUCUCUCAGAGCGAACCUGUUCUGCAACCCGUUACCUUUAGACUUGAUCUACCAGAGACAACAAUAGCUCCUUUAGAGACACGAGGCAGCCCUUUUAUACCCAUGAUUUCACCAAGUACUGGUGAAGAGGAACUGCAAACCACUCUGGAAGAGACCGACCAAUCCACUCAGAAAUUCUUCACAACUAAGAUUCCACUAACAACUGAAUUGGUGACAACUCAGGCACCACACAGAUUGUAUACUACUCCUGUGAGGCCCAGAAUACCGGACAAAGCACACAUCAGACCCGUUCUGAAUAAGACAACUACAAGACCUAGUAGACUCAAACCCAGUAAGACACCCAAAGGGAAUGGAAUGGGAACAGGGGUCAAGCAAGCCCCAAAGCCAUCAGGUGCUGGUAAAAAUGUGUCCAUGGACUCUACGCACUCCACCAAAAAACCAGCCGCAGUCCCAGGCACUCGCCGCCCACACUUGCCACCUAGAUCUGUGCCCCCACGAAGAAAACCUUUACCACCAAAUAAUGUCACUGGCAAGCCAGGAAGUGCAGGAAUCAUUUUAUCGGGCCGAGUAACAUCUCCACCCUUGAGGGCCACACUCGGCCCUACGGAAGCCCCUUCAGAGAGAACAGAGACAGAUGAAAAGCAACCAACAGCUCCUGCAUCAGGAGAAGAUCUUGUUAAUAUAACUGACUUUAGCUCAAGUCCAACAAGAGAAACUGAUCCUCUUGGGAAGCCCAGAUUCAAAGGUCCUCAUGUGCGAUACAUCCAAAAACCUGAAAACAGGCCCUGCUCCAUCACUGAUUCUGUCAAACGGUUCCCCAAAGAGGAUGCUACUGAAGGGAAUGCCACCAGCCCACCGCAGAACCCACCUACCAACCUCACUGUGGUCACUGUGGAAGGGUGUCCCUCAUUUGUCAUCCUGGACUGGGAUAAGCCACUAAAUGAUACCGUCACUGAAUAUGAAGUUAUAUCCAGAGAAAAUGGGUCAUUCAGUGGGAAGAACGAGUCUGUUCAAAUUACAAAUCAAACCUUCUCCACGGUAGAAAAUCUAAAACCAGAUACAAGCUAUGAAUUCCAGGUGAAACCCAAAAACCCACUUGGAGAAGGCCCCCCCAGCAACACGGUGGCAUUCAGCACUGAAUCAGCGGACCCAAGAGUGAGCGAGCCAGUUUCUGCAGGAAGAGAUGCCAUCUGGACUGAAAGACCCUUUAACUCAGACUCUUACUCAGAAUGUAAGGGCAAACAGUAUGUCAAACGGACGUGGUAUAAGAAGUUUGUAGGGGUGCAGCUGUGCAACUCUCUCCGCUACAAGAUUUAUCUGAGUGACUCCCUCACAGGAAAAUUUUAUAACAUAGGCGAUCAGAGAGGCCAUGGAGAAGACCACUGCCAGUUUGUGGACUCGUUUUUAGAUGGACGCACAGGACAGCAACUCAGUUCUGACCAGUUACCCACCAAAGAAGGCUAUUUCAGAGCAGUUCGCCAGGAACCUGUCCAAUUUGGAGAAAUAGGUGGUCACACCCAAAUCAAUUAUGUCCAGUGGUAUGAAUGUGGGACCACAAUUCCUGGAAAAUGGUAGAUGCUACAAUCAGAAUCAAAAGUGCCUUCUGUUUUAUCAUGGGAAAAAAAUAAUUGGAAACAGUAUUUGUCACAUUCAUUUAAAGCUGUUAUGUUUACUAUGUAUUAAAGUUUAAUAGCAAUAGUAGAUGUUUAUUAGAAAUAUUGCUGAGAAUAUUUAUCAGGUUUUACAAAAUCAUUUUAAGAAAACAAGAUAUUGACAUUAACAGAAUAACAUUUUUAGGGAAGCUGGCUCCCUACUCAUGGUAUUUUAAGAGAUCAUUUGUAUAUUAUUUAUCACUCUGUUGUAAUGAUGUUUUGAGAUACUUUUAUAACAAAUUUAACAUCAAAAACUAAUAUACUUUUUAAAAAAAUAUUUCCUUUUAUUCAAGUGUAUUCUUCUUACUGGUGAGUUAAUGCCAUAAAUCUCAACUUGGUUUAACUUAUUAGAUCAAAUUAUCUUGAGCAUUUGCAUCUGGGGGGAAUAAAGGUCCUAAUAUUCAUGUUUAUUUAAACUUUAAAUUUUUAGCAAUAACUAAAUAGCUUUUCUGAAGCAUUUCAAUAGUUAACCAUUCAUGCCAAUAUACAUUUCUUUAAAUCUGUGCAAAUUACUAAAAAGCCUGCUUGAAUCAUUAUAUUUGAUUUCAGCUGCAAACCGAAGAGAAUACCUGAUCUGUUCAAUUUCAAAAUACACACUUUGUUCUUUCUCUACCCAUAAAUAUGCUACAAUGUCUGAAUGUACUUUGUCAAACUACCCUUUAACCAGGGAUUUGUCUUCAUACUGUUAAUAGAAUUCUAAUGAAGCUAUACGUAGAGACUGAAUGUGAAGUUUGAGCACAAAUACCCCUACAUUUUACAGGUGCUCCUGUUUUUAGACCUCUAGGAAUGAAUGUAUCGGAGAAUGUUUUCGUAAUUUUGUCUAACUCAACCUGUAAUGAAAAUUUAAAAAAAAAAAAAAAGUCCUUCAUUUGGGGAGGGACAUGGGAAUGCUGCAUUGUUGCCCUCUUUCUGAAAGGACCUUUCCUCUGCUUACCCUUCAACAUGCUUCAAGUUUAUCAAUGCUACAUUUUGUAUUUUUCAAGCAAGUAUAAACUCUGCAAUAAAGAGAUGUAGUUUUUUUAA